AUGGGAAAUCAGUCCAUUGAAGCUAGCUGGUCAAAUCAUGAAGUAAUGAACAAAGAAGAUGAUUCUGCCUUGUUUGAGUCAUUCUCAUUUCCAACCCAACUAACCUCUCCCGAUUUCAGUGGUGGAUAUUUAGGGCACGGUUCUCCUUUGGACCCCCAAUUAUUUGAUUUCCCAUUUCAUCAUCAAGAGCCUGCUUUUGAUGCUUUGCCUCCAUUGGAGAUGUCUCUAAAUUAUGAUCCUAUCUACUCACCAUUGGCUAUUGAUUCAAGCUCAUGCAUGUUCCAAGGAAAUUUAUGCCAUGGCUAUGGAGACGAUGUUAGAUUGCUGACUAAACCCAUUGAUGAAGUUGGUCACAAUCAGAACAAGCCGCCUUCAUUGGGAUACUAUAACAUCUAUGAAGGAGUAACUGCUCAAGGAAAAACAAUGGUGAAUAUUGAAGAGAAUAUCGAAAAUUGGACAAAAGAAGAGGAGAAGGCUGGAAGUUGUAGCCUCAAGAAGUUAUCAAGAAAAAACAUUUCAAAGCAUUUUUACAUGCCUAUAACUCAAGCAGCCAAGGAACUCAACGUUGGUUUAACGCUCUUGAAGAAAAGGUGUAGAGAACUGGGGAUUCGAAGAUGGCCACACAGGAAGCUGAUGAGCCUCGAAACCCUAAUCAAGAAUGUUCAGGAAUUGGGAAAGCAGGAAGGCCAUGCUGCGGAGAAGAAGCUAGGAGAAGCAAUAAAGUUAUUGGAGCGUGAAAAGAAGCUGUUGGAAGAAGUUCCGGACAUGCAGCUUGAAGAUAAAACAAAGAGGCUAAGGCAAGCUUGCUUCAAGGCCAACUAUAAGAAGAGGAAGCUUAUGGGAACUCAAAUUGCUGAAUCUCAACCUAAUAAUUCUUACAAUAACCGAAAGGAUUUUAUCGAGUAUGAAGAAGUACAAGAAGGAGAAUUUAAGGCACUUCUUCCCGUGGAUUGCUUUUCAUCUACAAACACAAUCUUUCUGGAUUGA